AUGCGUUUCGCUCUGAUCUACCUUCUCGCCGUCGUCCUCCCGGCCGUACCCGCUUUUGCUCAGCGAGGUGGCGGUGGAGGUCAGGGAGGUGAGGGUGGCCGUGGCGGUCGCCCUGGAAGGCCAAAUGGAAACCCUCCAAACACCCUUGUCACCGUCGCCCGCCCGCCUCCCGCUGCUACUGCCGCUCCUGCUCCUGCUCCGGCUGCGGGUGGUAAUGGCGGCAACACUGGCGGAGGCAACGCAGGCGCAGUCAGUGCUGCACUGAUCCCUCCCUUCGGUGUGACAGCCGGAGUCAAAUCAAGUGAUGGAACCGCAAACUGCGUGGGCAUUAACAACAUCAACAUUCCUUGCGAUUGCCCACCAAGCCUGAACACCUUUGUCGGUGCUGUCUCGGACUCAGUGGCUCGUGGGGCUGCUUUCCCAACAGGAAACUCGGUGGCAGAUCAGCUCACACGUCUUCAAACAUGUAUCGUGACUCUUCAGAACUUCAAGGGUGGACCCGGCAGCGGUGUUGGAUGUCCAGCAGUCAGCACGACUUGGAAGGCGCUCCAGGCACAGCUGCAGGGCCAGGCCUGA